AUGGCGGUUGUUCAGGGAAAAUGUGCCCGGGGUCGACUAUAUAGCUCCCUAUCCAGUUGUCCAUUUGCCCUUGACGGCCAUCUUGGAGAAACAUCAACACUCAGUGCAAGCUCCUACAAAUCGUCAAUAUCCAGCUUUUUCUUGGGCCUCUCUUCUCAGUCAUCGACUCAACACACCAUGGCCUCAGACAACGAUGACACCAUCUACUUCUACAAUCCCUCCCUCGGGGCCUCCAUCCUCUUCACCAUCCUCUACAUCAUCCCUCUCAUCUACCAGUCCUACAUGACCCUCGUAUACCCCCGCAAAGCCCACACCCCUCGAGCCAACUACUUCAUCCCGAUGGUGAUUGGCGCCGCCCUCGAAGUAGCAGGCUACGCAGUCCGCUGCGCCAGCGUCCGGAAACCAGCGGAUAUCGCCCUGUACGCCGUCUCCAGCACCAUCAUCGUCAUCGCCCCGGUGUUCGUCUGCGCGAGUCUCUACAUGCUUCUGGGGAAGUUGGAGACCAGCUCCGACUCGGGUGCAAAACAACCCCCCGCGGCGUUUCUGUGUGGGGGGUCGGGUAGACGGCUGCCGUGGAUGUUCGUGACGUUGGAUAUCCUGGCGGUGCUGACGCAGGGGUCGGGGAGUGGGAUUGCGUCGUCGGAGGACUGGGAGGGGUCGACCAAGGACGUGGGGAUUGGAGUGUUGAUUGGGGGGUUGGUUUUGCAGGUUGUGACGUUUGCGACGUACCUGGUGAUUGUGGCUUGGUUUCAAUGGAGGGUAAUGGCCGAAGGUCACCAGUUGCCGCAUGGGGUUCGGAUGGUCCUGAAGGGGGUUUACCUUGCUGGGUUCUUUAUAAUGCUCCGCUCUAUCUAUCGGGUGUUUGAAUUUGCGUUCGGCAUUGACUCGUACACGUUUACACAUGAAUGGCCGUUGUAUGUGCUGGAGGCGGUUCCCAUGCUGGUUGCCCUGUUGGUGCUCGGUUGGUUUCAUCCGGCGCGGUGGUUGGCGAUGUCUGCGCCGGAGGGGGAGGAGCAGGUCUAUUCUCUGCGCAAGUCGGCUGGACGAGGAAACACCGGGGAGCAAUCGCUCGCUUGA